AUGACGUUGUGCCUGAAUGAAGAGGAAAGUGUGCGACGCUGUUUGAAGGACGACUCGUUUAAAGGUAGAGUAUCUCUCGAUGUCUUAAAUUUGAACAUCACUCAAAUGGACGACCUUGACCUUGUGGCAUCCCAAACAGCAAAUAGACUUCGUUCAAGGAACAUCAUUGACGAGCAAAUCAAAAAGAUUGAAGCAUUGAUUGAAAGUGCAGAACAGUACAAGAAGGCCAAUCUUGAUAACUACUUGGAAUAUUACAAGUAUAUCAAGGUGAGCGAACAGUUGGAGGUACUUGAACGCUUAAAACAAGCCCAGUAUUUGAAUGAGUUCAGGUGUAGCAAGUACCCUCUAUAUGGACGCAAUUUAUUGGCCAAGUUGCGGGGCAUUACCAACUACAAAGUAUUGAAAAGUGAUGCCUACGAUGAUAUAGUUUUCAGCGUUGACAGACGCUCUGAGGAAAUGGGGGAAGUCAUCGACAAGUAUUCGGUUAUCACUCCAAAAGUUGUCGCCGUUGAUAUGAAAGAACAAAUGAUUCCUGUUUCGACAAGAACAUACGUGCAGCUGGCAGCUUUAGAUGGGACUGUUGAUAAUCCGUUCCACCAAUCUCAGGUUAAGCUUUCCAUUGCUUUUCCAGACAAAUCGUUAUUACAAUUCGAUUGCGGUAAAUUACAAAAGUUGGCUCAAUUGUUGCAGAAAUUGACUUCUGAAGGUCAUAGGGCAUUAAUCUUUACUCAAAUGACUAAGGUUUUGGAUAUUUUGGAGCAGUUCUUGAACAUUCAUGGCUAUCGUUACAUGCGUCUUGAUGGAGCUACAAAAAUUGAAGAGAGACAGGUUUUGACAGAGACUUUUAAUCGAGACCCCAAAAUUCCGGUUUUCAUUCUUUCCACAAGAAGUGGUGGCUUGGGUAUCAAUUUGACAGGUGCUGACACUGUGAUCUUUUACGAUUCUGACUGGAAUCCUGCCAUGGAUAAGCAGUGUCAAGACAGAUGUCAUAGAAUUGGUCAAAGCAGAGAUGUGCACAUUUACCGAUUUGUGUCAGAGUACACCAUCGAGUCUAACAUUUUGAAGAAGGCAAACCAGAAGAGACAUCUUGAUAACGUUGUCAUUCAAGAAGGAGAAUUCACCACUGACUACUUUGGCAAAUUUUCUGUUCGUGAUUUGGUUGCUGAUACCUCGAUUGCAGUCGAGGUGCCGGACAAACCAAUUGACCAAGGCAAUGGUAACAUGGAAAAGUUACUAGCUCAAGCCGAAGAUGAAGCAGAUAGAGUAGCGGCUAAUGCCGCCAUGAGAGAAGUUGCUAUUGAUGACGAAGAUUUUGAUGAAGAAAAGAAUAACGGUACUACAAACGGACCUGUGAGAGACAAACUUUCGUCUACUAUGAACGAUAUCGGCACGGGCCAGAAUACUCGAAGAACCGAGGACGAAGACUUUGACGAAGGAAUUGGGCAUAUUGACGAGUAUAUGCUACGGUUCAUAGCUGAUGGGUACUACGACUGA